AUGGAGGAAAUAGUUAAUGAAGUGCUUGAGAUUCUGAAACGUUUUGAUACAGAAAAGGAAGACAUCUCUUUUUGCGUCGAACAGACAAUUCGGUGUUGUGAGAUUGUUCUGACAAACAAAAAGACUGGUGAGAGUGUGAAAUUACAAUACCCAUUGAUGAAAUGUGUCCUCGAACCGCUUGUGAAAGAUUUGGUAAUAAAAUUCGACACGCUCAAGUCGAUGUCGCAAAACUCCGAAGAAACGAUGAAUGUUAGGAACAACUUCUUUGGGACACGUUUUGAUGUGGUAGAAAUCUCCUCGUUUUGCAAAAACAACAUUAAAACAACAUUGUUUUUAGCAAAAGAAAAUGUCAUGUUCUCACUGUUCAUUUUUAACGAUAAUCAACCGUGUGUUGACUUGAAACUAAUUCGUUUUGUGGAGGAGAGUAUCAAGUCGAGUUAUGUUGACCCAUACAUUUUCCAAGAUGGGUGCCUGAUAUCUCUUGGAGACUUCCCAUGUAUUGGUGGAAUUGUUUUUGAUAUAUCUGGGUCAAAUUUCGAUUCUCUCAAAGAAGUGUUUUCUCUUGCUAUACAAAAUUACAUCGGCGUUUCUCUCAAUGGGCCAUUGAUCGACAAAACCUGCAACUCGAUACUCUCGGUUAUUAACGUUUCAACAAAUCAGCAAUUUGUUGAGGAAUGCAAUAUGUUGUUGGGAAGUCAUCCAGAAAGUACUUUGCGUGGUCUUGUGUCAGUAGCAAGCUGCAGAGCUGAACUUAAAAAGAAGCAAAUAAAGGGCAAGAAGUCAUUAAUAUAG